CUAGUAGAUUCAGGUUCUCUCAUCCAAGAGCGCAAAACCGGACCGCGCCGCGUCCCGAGCAUCGCUCUGUCACACCUCACACUCCUGAUGAUCAGCAUCUACCUUCUCAUCCUGAUUCAACAAACUCCCUGUAGUGCGAACGCCUCCGAGGAGCAUCGGAUAUCAUUUUGAGUUUGGUUGACCAUUCAAUUUUUUAAGCACCUUACAAGCUUAUACCAGUAGGAUAAAAACUCGGACAUCAUACGAACUCCAGUCCAGUUGGAUUAAGUUAUGGCAUUGUCAGUGCUGCGCAGCAGUUUGCUUUUGCUGUGUCUGACAACUAUCCAUACUUGCAAUGGUGAUGGUGGACAGAACUGCAUGGACAAACACCAGGUGGUGAGUGUUCUCCGUCAGAUGGAGAAGUUUCUGAAAGGACAGGAGAUCAGGUUCACGGAGGGACUGCGCAUCAUGAAGUCCAAACUGGCAACCCUACAGAACUCUGUCUCCAAGCUGCCUCAGGCCGAUCAGUCGGCUGCUCCCUCUCUCUGUCCCUCCCUGGAAGCCCCGGUCAACGGCAGGAAGUUUGGGUCCAAGUACUUAAUCGGCCAUGAGGUCCAUUUUACAUGUUCCACUGGCUAUCAAAUGAUUGGCCCUGGGACACGAGUGUGCCAGGAGAACGGGAGCUGGAGCGGUGUCAGCCCGGUCUGUAAAGAUGUGAGUGAGUGUUCCAGCAACCCAUGCCAGAAUGGAGGGAUAUGUGUAGAGGGGCUCAACCAGUACAAGUGCACCUGUCCACAGAGCUGGAGUGGAUCCAACUGCCAGCACCAGACACAGACUGCGCCACCCGAGUGGAGCGUCAUGAAUGACCCGGCGUUCAGCCGACGACCCCGCUGUGCCAAGGUGGCUGGGGCCCAACACUGUAGCUGCGACGCCGGGUUCCAUAUGAGCGGGACCUCAGAUAACAGUAUCUGCCAGGAUGUAAAUGAGUGUGAGGUGUACCGUCUGGACCAGGGGGGGAAGCUGUGUGUGUUUGAGUGUGUCAACGUCCCUGGUUCAUACCAAUGUACCUGCCCCAGUGGAUACAAACUGCUGCCGGACGGAAGGAGCUGUGAGGACGUGGAUGAGUGUCUGACCCAGCAGCACAACUGCACGAGGGGGACGACGUGCAUCAACACCGGGGGCGGAUUCCAGUGUGUGAGCCCAGCCUGUCCCAGACCACACGGCAACGUCACCUAUGUCAAGACGUCAACCCUUCAGUGUGAGAGGAACCCCUGUCCCAUGGAGAGUCGAUCCUGUCACCUGGCUCCUAAGACAGUCUCGUUCCACUACCUCUCCCUCCCCUCCGACCUCCAGACUCCGGCCACCCUGUUCCGGAUGGCGACCGCCUCCGCCCCCGGCCGCCCCGGCCCGGACAGCCUGAGAUUCGGUAUCGUCGGCGGCAACAGCCGCGGGAUCUUUGUGAUGCAGAGGUCGGACCGCCAGACAGGGGAGCUGAUCCUGGUUCAGGGGCUAACGGGGCCCCAGGACGUCAGCGUGGACGUGGACAUGUCCGAGUACACCGACCGCACCUUCCAGGCGAAGCACGUGGCGAAGGUGCACAUUCUGGUGUCGCCGUAUCACUUCUGAGGUGGAAGGUCGGACUGACCGAGGGUCAGGAGGAUGAGGAAAAUGAGAAGGAAAAAACAGGGGGAAGUGAGAGGAAGAGGAAGGAGAGGAACAAGUGAGAGGAAGAGGAAGGAGAGGAACAAGUGAGAGGAAGAGGAGAGAAGAGUGGGAAGUACAGCGGGAGAGGUAGAAUGAAACGGAUGAGACAAUGCCGGACUGACGUAGAGACUAUGAAGUAUAGUUGUGAGAACUGAAAUGAAUGAGAGAAUGGUUGAUUUUUACCGGCUGAGUAUAAGAAUGAGUAUAACUGACUGACCGAGUGGCAACGGAAUGGUAAUAUUAUGCAGUUUAUUUUGUUUGAUUAUUUUCUCUGACUGGCUCAGGAAUCAAGCCUGGGGUUUUAAUGAUGACCAAAGGCAAUGCUUGUGUAUGUGCAAGGCCAUGGGCUAGAUCUGUUUAAAUAUCCACUCUUUAGUUUAAAGAAAAACAAAAAAAUCUACUUCAAUUUCUGUUAACAUUUUUUAUGGAAAACAACUGUACAUUUUCGAAGAGUGCUGAACCCCUCUUUGUGUACAAAUGGGCACCCUUUUCCCUGCUUACUGUAUACAGGUCUAGUCAAAAUAAGUGCACUUGUAUGAGAAUUAGAGACUCUGAACCUGUUAAACAUGAAGCACUCACAUAGCUCUGAAUAAUCUAAAUAUUUUGUUGUUUCUUAACACAUUGCAGUGGGCUUUUACCUGUUUUAUAAUUUUUUGCUGGCUUACUGGCUUUUUGAUUGUAAGACAAAAACUUAAACAACAGCAUUUUUAUAUUUACAAUAGAAGAAAGCAAUAAUACAGCUCUUGGAUAGGAUGAUAUUCAGUAUAUACUUGGCGGUCUUGCCAAUGCAGUGUACAUAUCAGUCAUCUAAUGUUUUAAUUAGUUUAAUACUAUUGCAAAUAACGCUUUCUCCAUACAAGAAAUAAAGACAGUCCUACACAACA